AUGACCACGACCACCACCUACCACUGGGUCAACACCCUCACCUCCUCCCUCACCCCGACAACCUUCACCUUCACCUUCGUCCUCACACCCCCUAGCAAAUAUACGUUUACUUCCAAACCCCCCCCCACACCACCCCGCCCCACUCCAUUCAAACGCCGCCGACCCCUCUGGGAUGUCGAUGGCUCCCCACACCCCACAAAGAAGAAGCGCCGCCUGCGCCUAGGCCUUGUCACCUCCCGCCUCUCCCGCCCCUACUCGGCUCCGGCAAGCAACAUCGCCGACCGCGGUGUCGCCCGUGUUGGCUCUGCUACAUGGCUUGUCCCCCGCCGCCCCGAGCAGAACGAACUCUGCAAGGCCGCCAUCAUGAACCGCGUCCGCCAGCGCCUGUGUCUCUUGAAAGCGGCACAGGCGAAACAACCGCCGCCCGCUAGCGUCCCACAGAAACGGACACACUCGCAGCUCGUCUCUGCACUUGCACUGCGCGACGUUGUGGCACCGAUGGCUAGGACGUACGAGGUUCCAUCCCAGCUUCCACCUUCGCCGCUUGGGCUGUCGAAUUAUGACGCGCUCGAUCUGGAGGAAGAGGAGGGGCUAGGGAUGGAUAGGGAGGGAGAGGAUAUCGAUGCAGAUAUGAGUGGGUGUGGCCGCGGAUACUAUAGCGAUUUCAGCGUCAGGCGGUCUCCGCGCCCGGAAGGGGAGGACUACGAUUACCUCGACGAGCUAGAUGGGAUUCCACCCUUGUCGCUGGCGGAGGAACCACCACCGUUGCCGCAGCUGCCGCCAUUGUCGAUUGCAAAGGCGGAGGCGGGGCAACUGGAUGAGAAGGUUAGGGUGGGGAUGGAUGUCUAUACUGCGGGGCCAGCUCAUGGAGCAGGGACAUAUGUACUGGCUUAG